AAAAUGUUACAAGCUGGUUGGCCUGAAUGGGAGGGCUCCGUACAAAUAACAUUCAAUUCAUUAUUAAGAUGAUCUGUCUGGAUUCUGAACGUACUCGAGAUGCACAAAGUGUAUUUAAUUUUUUAAACAACAGGUGUGCGUAACUUGGCUACUGGAAAAGUGAAGGAAUACCAGUACGCAUUCUUUCUUUCUUUUUUUUUUUUAAACGGCGAAACUUAUCCUGAACGAAUCAGAGUUUCACAGCAUUGAGGGUUGCUUCCCUUGGCCCACAACCAACAAUCCAGUAUCCAACAUUCCGUCCGACAUUUUCCGGAUAGUUGGAAGAUCCUGAAUUUGGCUAAAGCAAACAUGCCUGACAUCGCACUGGGAGAGAAGUUCUCCUCUUUCGAGAGCUUAAAAGAUGCCAUAGAUCGGUACCAGAGGGAGAACAGUGUGCAGCUAAUUGUGAAAGACUCAAAGCUUUUGGGUCGCAUAGCCAAGACGAUGCCAAGACUGAUGGAUGUUGUGAAUAAGGACAUUAUUUACUACCGCCUGUCAUACGCUUGCGAGUACCAUGGGGAGUACAAGGCGAGAGGAAAGGUCAAACCAAAUCAUGUAUCCAAGCGGCGUGGUUGCCCCAUGCGCAUCCUUCUAAGGCUGGCAGAGGACCUGCAUCAUUUGGUAGUUUAUGAACUCUUUGAAAAACAUAAUCAUCCCCUUGAGGCCAGGGAUGAGACCAAAACACCGCGCCACCAAAUGUUCCGGAUGGCGAGGGUGAACACAUCUCGAUACAUGCUAACCAAAAUGGAGGAAGGCGAGAAUGGCCAGAUGGUUGAUGUGGAGACGAGCAUUGGCAGUCAAAUAUUUGACGAUGACGAAGAUGCACCAGAUGGAGGAGGAGGAGGUAUUGGCUCAGGAUCUAAUUCAAGCAAAGCAACAACUUCGGGCAACACACCAGUUGCUCGGCUAAUUGGGAACGCAACGAAACGUGUCUUAACCGCAAGUGAUCUUCGAUCUGAAAACAGCUUGGAAAACUUGAAACGAAGGCGAAUACUUCUCCAGAAUCGGAAACUGGAGCUGGAGACAAGAAAACUGGAACUGGAGAAUAAGAAAUUGGAAAUGGAGGUGAAAAUGUUGGAGAAGAGACAGGAAGAUGGUGACGGUGGGAUAGGCGGUAACACCUAUUACGUGUCUCAUGUGAUUGACGAAUCCAAAGAGGGCGUGGCUGACGGGGCAACCUCAUUUCCAUCAUCGGCAGCGGAAGUCAUUAAGUCUCUAACAGGAAGGGGGCAACCAAUACAGAUCAUCACGCAAUGAGAAUCUUCAACUCUGUCAACCUUCAAACUAACCCACUUUGUAUUGAGCCUUAAAGUUAACCAGACUUUAAUGCUUUCAUCUGAAAAAGGAAUACAAUUUAUCAGAUCUUGUUCUUUGUUUUGUGGGAGAGACUCAAGAAGAAAACAAAGUGCUUGAAAUACUUCCAGAAGCAUCUGUCUGUGUGGACGAAGCAGAAGGUGCAGUGUGGGAAAAAAGCCUUUGUGACCUUUUCUUUUCAUGCAAAAUGAUCUGGAUAUUUCACUGGAGAGGAAAGUGCACAGCCCUGAACUGAGCUCAAUCACUAUUUUUAGUGUUUAGUUCAUGUCUAUGAACCCUGUGAAACAAACUAAUGCUUCUCUAAAGACUGACGGAUACGCAGGGUUUGACAACCCAAUCUUUUGGAGCGCUCCAGGAAGUAAUGCCAAAGAUUGAAGUCCCCUAUCCCCACCCCCUGCUCUCAAUGGAACAACGGAUGAAAGAAGACUUUUGAAAUGUAUAUAUAAAUAAAUGUGUAGCACAUGUUCA